CAGCCAUUGCUUCUGCAAACGAACCUCAGCCUAGCUGGUUCCAGUGCGCCUAUACCACAGUUAUUACGACUUAAAGCUGCAAACAGCAUGGCAGCCUCCAUAGGGGAAGAGCGUUUGUGUUACAUAGCAGGAGUUUUGUAAUUUCUCCUUAUAUAUCACCACUCUUUUCUUGUUUACAGUUUUCCUCCGCGAAAGGAAAGACUUACUUCAUCCUCUGCAGAAACUGUUUGCAUCUCACAUGUUGACCAAGAGGCUCCCCCCGCUCCAGAGUUUCCUGGUUCUGGUUUCCAGACAUGCCAGUCACCUUGCCCGACAGCAGUAUGAUGUCAUCGUUGUGGGUGGUGGUCAUGCUGGGACAGAGGCGGCAGCAGCAGCGGCAAGAGUGGGAGCUGAGACACUGCUGGUCACACAGAAAAUAAACACCAUCGGUGCCCUGUCCUGUAACCCGUCUCUCGGAGGGGUAGGUAAGGGCCAGCUGGUGAAAGAGGUAGAUGCUCUGGAUGGUUUGUGUGGUCGGGCAGGAGAUUGGGCUGGGAUCCAUUUCUCCAUCCUGAAUCGUAGGAAAGGCCCUGCUGUGUGGGGUCCAAGGGCUCAGCUGGACCGCCAGCGCUACAGAGAGUUCAUCCAGGCAGAGCUGCUGUCUACUCCCAGGCUGACUGUGGUUGAGGGCUCAGUGGAGGAACUGCUGGUGUCAGAACCAAACGCUGAGGAGCCGGGGAAGCACAGAGUCACAGGGAUACGUUUGGCAAAUGGAAGCAACAACAUCUCAGCCCACUCAGUGGUUCUUACAACCGGCACCUUCUUAUCUGGUUCCCUCUUCAUGGGCCAAACCACAUCCCCCGGGGGUCGGAUCGGAGAUGCCCCUUCGAGUGCCGGGCUGUCAAACACACUGAGGGAGAGACUCGGGCUGAGGACUGGCAGGCUGAGGACUGGGACACCUCCCAGGAUUGUAAAGAAUUCGGUGGAUUUCUCACUGGCGACCAUUCAUCCCCCUGACUCAGAACCGACUCCAUUCAGCUUCCUAAAUACUCAUACACACUGCAAGCCUGAAGACCAGCUACCUUGUUACUUGACCUAUACUACACUUGGUGUAGAGAGAGUGGUGAAAGAGAGUCUUCAUCUCAACUGUCACAUACAGCAAGACACCAAAGGCCCCAGAUACUGCCCCUCCAUUGAGUCACGAGUUCUCCGCUUCCCAGGCAGAGAGCACCAGGUGUGGCUUGAACCUGAAGGGUUGACCUCUGACCUUCUGUACCCUCAGGGUCUCUCCAUGACGAUGCCCCCUGACGUGCAGCUCCGCCUCAUCAGAGAAAUUCCUCCUUUGCACAAAGCUGAGAUCCACACACCUGGUUAUGGUGUGCAGUAUGACUUUGUGUGUCCCACCCAGCUGAGCCCGGCCCUGCAGGUGAAAAGCACUCAGGGUCUGUUUCUGGCUGGUCAGAUAAAUGGAACCACAGGAUACGAGGAGGCGGCUGCACAGGGUCUGUGGGCGGGGGUGAAUGCUGCUCGUCUUGCGCUCUCUUUGCCAACACUAUCACUGUCACGAACAGAGAGUUAUAUCGGAGUUCUCGUUGAUGAUCUGGUGAGUCGAGGCGUCACGGAGCCAUACCGCAUGUUCACCAGCAGAGCUGAGUUUCGAACGUCUCUCAGGCCGGACAACGCUGACCUCCGCCUCACUCUAAAAGGAUUUGAGGAGGUAGGAUGUGUGUCCUCUUUCCGCUACCAGGAGGCCGUGAGAGUGAGGGACACCUUACAGGAUGCUCUGGCAGCUCUGCAGGCUCUCACUCUGUCGACCCCUAAGUGGAGGAAAAAGCUCCCAGACGUCCGUAUGAGUGAGGCUAAGAGCACCGUGCUGACAGGUACAGAUCUGCUGCAGUACAAGGAUGUAACUUUUGAAAUGCUGGCAUCAACAUUCCCAGAGUGCCUUUCACCUUACAUGGAGUUUGGGCAAAGACUCAAAAUAGAGGCCGUGUACCGACCUCACUGUGACAUGCAGAAGAAAGAGAUCGAGAGGAUUCAGAAGGAGGAGAACAUGUCCCUUCCACAGGAUUUGGACUACUUCUCUCUACAGGUGUCACUGUCCCAGGAAGUCAGAGAGAUUUUGGACAGAGUUCGACCCAGCACUUUGGGCGCUGCAACACGUCUGCAAGGUAUAACACCAGCUGCAAUCGUCCAUCUCCUAAACUAUGUACACCACACAGAAAAGAGGGAGAGAAGAUCACACAGAAGCAAACCAGUCCAAAAACAGGAGACAGAGGAGGAGCUGUGUGCAAGAAAUGCAUCUCUACCUCAGUGAAAAAUGACCCCUUCAAAUGUCUUGUAAAAAUGUAUUUAUUCAUAAAGUGUACAAAAUAAUAAUUUAAGUUUUUUUUGUAUUUUAAUGUUGUAUAAAAAAGUUUUAAGACAAUAAAACUACCUUAUGAAAACUCUUUCA